AUGUCGAUCGGCCUGUCAUCUCCGGCGCGGUACUCGCUUAGCUACGUUGAUUCUUUACUCACCGACUUCACUCAAUUCCCACAAAAAUCCAUCCAGUUUGUUUUCCAAAGACUACUUGUUACUUGUGGAGCGGACUGUGGUUCGCCGGCGGUGCAUUGCGCGCGCGUUCUUCUUUCCGCUGUCGGGUUCGGUCAACCUCUUCCAGCUGGCCCGAGAAGGAUUUUGGACGAAUCUACAGCUGCACAGCUGAUCUUUCUGAUUGUCAAGUUUGCAACAGAAGAACAGCCGAGUAGAAGCGUUCUCGAGCUCGCCGGCGCUCGUCAUAUUUUUAACGCGCUUACCGAUCGGGUCAGCGCUGAACUUCAAGACGCUGAAGCCUCCAGCGACGGUCAGCUUCCGCUGCUUGUACAGUCGGUCUCAUCAAAGGUUUUGCCAUCAGCAUCCGACAUCCAGUUGUGCCUUUUCUGGGUUUCUGUCACUCCAGGCAAAGCAGCGAGACUUAUAAAACCGUUUAUUGGCCAGCUGCUUCACAAUUUCUUCGUGAUCAUUGUAUCGAGCAAGGAAAAGACCGCCAUCCGCACAGAGUUUCUGAUUCGUUGCCUUACUGCUUACUUGGAAGGCGAUUUCGAUAUCGGAACACCUGUGAUCACAUUCUUGCGAAAUCACAUUGCUGAAGAUAAAAAACAUAUCUUCAACUCGUACCUUGGUCAAGUCAUUGCAAAAGCAGCAAAGUUCUCGUCAGAAGUCGAUAACGAGGCACUCAUCACACAAGUGGAGCAACUUUGCGCGACUGGAACCUACAAUUCGGCAGCUAAAAAGGCGCUAUUCGAAACAUCCAAUAUGCUGCUUGUCGGUGUUGUACAAGGAGCAGGCAGAUCGUGUACAGCUACGGAAGAGGCAUUUCGAGCGCGGUUGAAUGAGAUGACAAUGACUGAAGCAGCUUGCUUUACACCAUCUACUGUCGCAUUAGCGCUGGUCUCAUUCUUGGAUGGUGGACCAAAAACAUCUAUGCAAGCUAAACGACAUGCUAGCUUUGAAAGAGCUGGACCAGGAGUAUCAGAAUUAGAUGUUGCGGAAGAUCCGCCUUGGAAUGGCAAAGUUUUCGCAUCGGUCGUCAACGAAAUGAAUCCGAAUCUUGAUUGGUACGAGGUAUUCGAUCGGCUGGACGAUGUACAAAUGCUAGUCAUACGCAGACAAUCUCUCAUUACUCUCAUUGAUGCAUUGAAAACAGGACUCAGGGAUAAACCUUUUCCAAUAGCAAAGCUUUAUACGAAGUGGCGAUGCAGGGAAGCGCAGUUGUCGCUGAUAUCGUCAAUGCUGGAAAAUCCAGAUGUAUUUUGUAUAGCUGAUUAUCCUCAUAGAUCUGUGCCAACGGGAACGCUAAAAAGCACACCCGAUGAAAGUGACCGACUGUUGGCAUCCUGGUGUUGCGUUGAGCUGACAGAGCUACUAUUAACGAUGGCUGGCGAGCAAAAUGUACAGACGGCUGCCAUCCGACUUCUGCAUGGUGCACUCGAGAAAUGGCCCGAUGUGGUGUUGCUUGCAUUGUUCCAAAUACCGCCACCCGUCACGGAUCUCCGUCAAAAAUUCAUCGAGAUGAUACUGCCGGUUUUUAUACAUCACCAUACAAAUGCUGUAUCCGUGCUCAAUGCAAUAUGGAACAGUGAGGUUCUGCCACGAACAACGGUGCACAAUAUGAUUAUCAAUGCCUUCCUAGCUUUUCAUGCAAAAGCACCAGAUGACCAACAGAGAUUAGCCAGAAUUCUAGAUAUCGCAAACGAGUUGAAGCCGGGUGGUUUGGCGGAGCUGUUCAGCUGCCCCCAUGUGCCGUUUAUUCUCGAAAUGGGUUUACUUGCAUCAAAACGGGAUUAUUUGAAACUGGAUAAAUGGUUGGAGGAUAAGUUCUUGGAGUUGGGAGAUCCUCUUGUUGAUAAUGUGAUCAACCAACUCCAAAGACGACUAUUUACGCCAGCCUCUAGUCAAUCGCUAUCGGCAGAGACAUUUUCGAUCAUGAUGACUUUUCUCAGGACACAUCUGGCCAAGUUAUCGCCACUGCUAAAGCAAAAGUACUUGGCUCUGACGGAGAAAAUCAAAGAACUUCAGCAACAGCAGAUGAGGGAAUCCUCAGCACGAAGCUCAUCGGUGUCGUCAACAGGACGAUCGCCGAUUGUUGGCGGAUUCGGCAUGGAUGCCCGAUUCCCCGGACGGCCACCCGGAGCUGGUGGCCCUCCGCCACAAUCGAUGCCACCACCACCACAACCGUUUCCGCCAAAUGGUGCUGGUGCUCCACCACCGCCACAUAAUCUACUGGCAAUGCAGGCUGGCCCCCAACAGCCUGUAUCGAAUCCAGUAGGACUAGGUUCUAUGUUCGGCAGCAAUGCAUUUGGUGGAAGUCAGGAUUUGUUGAGGUCGGCACAUCCAGCUCAACCUUUCGGUGGACAACCUAUGGCUAUGUCACCAUCAUCACAGAUGAUGAGAUCGGGUAUGCCUCCAGCUCCUCAACGACAGAACUCAGCAAGUGGAGUUGGAUGGCAGAUGGGAGGACCACCAGGACAACCUCGAGGCCCUCCAACACCAUCGCAACAAAUGGACUUCCAGCCCCAACCACCACCCACAUCAUCACAGGUUGAUCUGCGUUCUGCUCCAAUGCCCCUAGGUGCUGGUCCAGUAGUCAUCGAUGAUAUGAACUUUCCAAAAGAUGUGCAAGACGAAGCUAAUAUGUAUUUUGAACAGAUCUAUAAUCAGUCAUCUAUGGUUGGAGAUCUAAUAAUGCGCCUGAAAGGAUUGAAAAUGUCACAAAAUCCGAGAGAUCAGAAGGUUCUGGCAUGCGUCGUCAAGAAUCUGUUUGAAGAGUAUCGAUUUUUCCACGAAUAUCCAGAAAGAGAACUUAGAACAACGGCAGAGAUCUAUGGAGGAAUUAUUAGGGAAGGAAUAAUUAGCAAUCUGCAUUUUGCAACGGCUGUGCGAAAAGUCAUCGAAUCGCUGCAGUCUGAAGUGGGAAGCAUGUUGUGGACUUUUGGAAUAGUCUCAUUAACAGCUUGCAGAUCUAAGCUGUGCUCUUAUCCGAAGGUGUGCUCCAUGAUCGCGCAACAUGAGAAUUUCUCAAAGUUUCCACCAGGGCUGAAGGAAUAUGUUUUGGCUGGCUUGAAAGGUGAACUUCCAGUACAAAAUAUCGCAAUGCCACCGAUGGACACUACUGGGCGAUCCACUCCACCACUUAGCUGGACACCCACACAAAGAUCGUCAAGUACAGAGAGUGCUAAGGCAACAACGAGCAGCACUAGCGUUGGGAGCACUAAUCGAACUGGAAAUUCUGUGUUGUCAUAUACGAACGUAGACACCCUUGUCUCUGCCACUGAAAAGGAAGGAGCAGAAGUUGCACAACCGGAAACAGCUGUAGUCGACAAAGUGUUGUUUUUGUUCAACAACCUAUCCCAGAGUAAUAUGAAUACCAAAAAGGACGAGAUACUAGCAUUGAUAGAGGAAAAUGGCGAACCAUUUAUCCGAUGGUUUGCGCAGUACAUAGUGAUGAAGCGGGUUUCAAUAGAACAGAAUUUCCUGCCUCUCUACAACCAAUUUGUUCAAGCUAUAAAUCAUCCAUUGUUGGAUAUACAUAUCAAGAGAGAAACGUUCAGGAAUAUUAGGAUUUUGCUGCGAUCGGAUAAACGGCAAGCUGCUUCCAACUACAGUGAUCGACAACUUCUUAAAAACCUCGGCAUGUGGCUAGGAUCUAUCACGAUAGCCCGAAAUAAGCCGAUCCUUAUCAGUGAACUCGACUUGAAAGCUUUGCUUAUGGAAGCAUAUUACAAAGGCCAGCAAGAACUGCUGUUUGUCGUACCAUUCAUCGCAAAGAUCCUGUUUUCAUGCUGCAAAACACAACUGUUCAGUGCAACAUGCGCUUGGAUACGAUCCAUACUGAAAGUGUUAGCCGAACUGCACAACGAACCCGAUUUGAGGAUCAACUUGAAGUUCGAGAUAGAGGUGCUCUGCAAGGAACUGUCGGUGGAUUUGGAGUCGCUGCCCGUCGAGGGCAUUCUUAAAGAUACAGACCGUCUGGUGAGGGUCACACAACAGCUAUCAGACCUCAAGACGUUGCAACAACCAGAUCAAGCGAAUAGCAGCCCUGUGCCCGGACAAAUGCGGGUUGCACCGGAUUCGGUGCCCGCGAUGCCUGGUGUGGAUACCAAGCCAUCGACACCGAAUCCGGAAUCUGAGGGAUCGUCAGCGAUUGUCGAAGGAAGCGCUAGUGCGGUCAUAGUGCCGCCGCUUCACUUUGCCUACCAUGACAUUAAUGUGACAUCCUAUGAAGGCCUUAUCCCUCAUAUCAAGGUCCAGCUCUCGCUGCCAUUAUUCCAGCUUCAUCCGCAUAUGAAACAUCAUGUCCGUCCGGCAUUGACGCAAGCUAUCAAGGAGCUCAUUGGUCCUGUUGCUGAAAGAGCUCUAAAAAUAGCCAUGAUCGUUACGGAAACACUUGUACGCAAGGAUUUCGCCCUUGAUCCCAAUGAAGAUAACAUGAAAAAGGCGGCCUAUCACAUGAUGCGAGCAAUGACUGCCGGAAUGGCGAUGAUCACAUGUCGUGAUCCGCUUGCCGGAACGAUGAUAUCAUUGCUACAGCAAUCGUUUACGAACUCAUUGCGGACUUCGAAUACUGAACUGUCGAAGAUGAUUGAAGAAGCGGCGAGAGUAAUCACACAAGAUAACAUCGAACUCACAACGAACUUCAUUGUGAAAACAGCAUGCGAAAAGGCAGCAGCUGAACUGGAGAAACGGCUAGAAACCGAAGCGGCUCGCCGAGCUGCCGUACGACGUGAAGGUGCUGAAUGGCAUGACGCUGCCAUGGAGAAGAUCCAAGCUGAGCUGCCACCUCGAAUCGCUAUUCAAGUUGGUCCUACAAGGAAAGAACAUCAGGCUAUUUACGACCAGUUUAGCAGCCGAAUUUGUGGUUUCAAACCGACGAUUCCUGACGAGGCCUCGGCAAAUGUUAUGGAACCGGUGAAUAGAGUGAUGUCACUACCGGAGACUGCCAAGGAAGUGGAGCAACUCACUCAGCAACUGAAUAGUAUCAUCAAGGAAGUGGACAUAACGAUGCAAGCACAGCCAAAUCCAACAAAUAAGGCCUUCCAAGGAGUGGGUGCGAUUCGAGAUCUUCUCUCACAACUGGCAGCAAAUCCACGAGACUCCAUGACUGUUGUGAACCUGAUCACACGAUCCGUGGAACACCUUUUGCAUGCGUACCAUGUUGACAGCACUUCCAAAGCUCUCGAUGUUGAGUGGGCCCGAAGACUUCGUGACUUGUUCCUGGGUGUAUGCCGUGUGUUGCUGACACAGUUCACCCUAGUGGAUUUGUCUCGACGCAUUACUGGUAGCAUUGUGAAUGUGAGAAUGGAUUACAAGUGGAAUGUGGAGGCGAUUGAGGUGUUGUUAAAACAUCAACUAGUACAAAACCAAGUCUUCGAUCAACACUUAGCACAUGUCAUGGAUGGAGGCUCGAAUAUGGAGGCAACGUUGUUUGCACAGAGGUUUUUCCGCCUUAUUGGGUUUAACGAUGCAGCUAGAGGGCCGGUGAUAAAGGAGGCUUUCCCAGCGACCUAUGAGCAACUCUUGAAAAUGCAGCAAAUGCAAGCAAUCCUGCGUCAACAAGCUGCUGCUGCAGGAACAGCUGAACCGAAUCUUGACUCUCCUCUAGGACCAGCUGCUAUGGAUGCAUUGGUUGCGGCCACGGCAGGACCGGGAAUACCACCGGCAGUACCGCCAGCGGCUGAGGAGCCUGGAAUGUCUGACAAAGUGGAGAUCAUCUUGAGGGAAUGGAUUGGAUUGUGUUAUACACCACUGGCACAGAGAAAUCCGAAAGAAGCAUUGUUCCAAAUGAUUGUGAUGAUGCACGAACAUGGCGUCCUAUCCGGUGAUGAGAAGAUCUCCCAGUUUAUCCGAAUGUGCACCGAAAUGUGUGUAGACGUAGCGCUGCGUUUGCUGAAAACUGAUGCGAACGCGCCAGUUAGCCAAUCGAACAUCGUGCGACAAAGAUGCUACUAUACUUUGGAUGCUUUCGUCAAACUGAUGGCACUGAUGAUCAAGUAUUCUGAUGGAGGAAGCGCAUCACCAUCAGGCACUUCCAAGAUAGCUCUCCUAAAGAAAGUGCUGCACAUUAUCACUAGCGUUCUGCAUGUCGACCAUGAAGUCCGAAGGCAUGAGUUCAACGCAAUGCCCUAUCACAGAAUCUUGAUCACGUUAUUCAUCGAGCUGACCACACCUGACGGCUCAAAUCUUGAGUCGAUUGCAUGGUCCAUUAUCGAAGCGUUUGGACAGAACGCUCUUUUCCUGCUGCAACCUCGUCGAUGUCCAGCUUUUGCCUAUGCCUGGCUCGACUUUGUCGGUCAUAGAGCUGUGAUUGGAGCCCUCCUUGGAGGUAAUGGUUUUGCCGAAAAUGUUGAUCCCAUGAAGACGUCCGCUAUGUACACACAGCUGCUAAUAUGUCAUCUGAAAUUCCUUGCACCAUUCCUGAGGAAUAUCCAUUUGCCGAAAUCGAUAGCAGUGUUGUAUAAGGGAACACUCAGAGUGUUGCUCGUGAUCCUUCAUGACUUCCCUGAGCUUCUUUGCGAGUAUCACUAUGUGAUUAUCGACACCAUCCCGCCAAACUGUGUACAACUUCGAAAUCUGGUGCUCUCAGCGUACCCUCGGAAUAUGCGUCUGCCAGAUCCAUUCGCAUUGAAUUUCAAGCAAGUCGACAGCAUCCCAGAAAUGGCAAUUGAGCCAAAAUCGAACUUGAACAUGGCAUCGAUUAUCCCAGAUUCUAUCCGACUGCCACUGGAUGCCUAUUUGAGGACAAGGUCGGCCGUUGAUUUCUUGUCAGCCUUGCCCGGCAUGCUUCAGAUUUCUGAUAAUCCUGGUUCGAAGUAUAACAGCACAGUGAUGAAUGCGAUGGUGUUGUAUGUUGGAAUGAAGGCCAUUGAAAGCUUGCAUGAGCGUCGUCAGCGUAUCUCAAUCUGCACGAUUGCGCAUACAGCUUUCAUGGACAUUUUCCAAAACUUGGCCGUUCAGUUGUGCACGGAAGGGCGUUAUCUGCUGUUCAACGCAAUCGCCAAUCAAUUGCGAUAUCCGAAUGCGCAUACACACUACUUCAGCUGUGUGUUCUUGUUUUUGUUCUUGAACUCAGAUCAUGAUGCGAUUCAGGAACAAAUCACUCGCAUUCUGUUUGAACGCUUGGUGGCGUUGAGACCUCAUCCAUGGGGUCUGCUGAUCACUUUCAUCGAACUAAUCAAAAAUCCUGUGUACAACUUCUGGAAGUACGAGUUUACCCGAUGCGCUCCUGAAAUAGAGCGAUUAUUCCAAAAUGUGGCGAACACAUGCGUCACUGCACGUCCAGCUGAUUCGGAGGUAAGGUGGCUGCCGACGGCCAUUGCAGCUCGAGUCAAAUCAAAGGAUCAACGUGUAUGCCGGCCUCUCUUUAAGGUUUUAUCAAUUCAUAUAUCAUUUCGUUGA